CUUCUCCGUCUACAUCCUCAACCUGGCGGUGGCCGACUUCCUCAUCCUCUGCUUCCCAAUGAUACAAUCUCUGAAAAAUCUCACUGAGUUCUUCCAUUAUCCCUUCUUCAUCCCUUUUGUUUUCAUCUAUGUGUUGGCUUUUUCCUACCUUGCAGGCCUGAGCAUGCUGAGCGCCAUCAGCGCCGAGCGCUGCGUGUCUGUCCUGUGGCCCAUCUGGUACCGCUGCCACCGUCCGACACACACGUCAGCUGUUGUGUGUGGCCUGCUCUGGGCCAUGGCCCUCCUGCCAAGCACCAUGAAUCUCUUCUGUGUAUUUCUGCACAUUGGUGACCAUUAUGCUUGUAAGACAUCUAAAAUCAUCGCAGCUGCGUGGGUGAUUAUUUUGCUUGUGGUUCUCUGUAGCUCCAGCCUGGCCCUGCUCCUCAGAUUCCUAUGUGGUUCCGGGCGGAUGCGGAUGACCAGGCUGUAUGUGACCAUCCUGCUCACAGUGCUGGUCUUCCUCCUCUGUGCCCUGCCCUUGGGCAUUGCCUGGCUCUCAUAUUCAUGGAUGCAGCAUGAUGUUCAAGUCAAAUGUUAUUUACCUGUAGUUUCCAUGUUCCUGACGUCUGUCAACAGCAGCGCCAACCCCGUCAUUUACUUCUUUGCGGGCUCCUAUAGGCAGCGGAAGCAGGAAGGGCGGCAGACCCUGCGGCAGGUUCUCCAGCGGGCUCUGCAGGACACCCCUGAGGUGGAUGACCCCGGGAGCAGCCUUCCUCAGGGACCCCUGGAGCUGUCGGAAAGCAGAUAGGCCAGGGAGGAGCAGCCUCUGCCCUGGGCAGUCAGAUGUGACUCACACAGCAACUCUCUCUGGCAGCUUCGCCUUUGCAUGCAUUUCUCUCAAACCUCGUGCCACUGAAAUGUCUCAGUAAUUCCCCAAUGCCUUCAAAUAGAUCUCUUUUUAACCUGGCUUUUCUAGCUUUACUCAGAGAAAGCAUUAUCUGAAAGUACAUUGUCUCCAUGCUUCCUGGCAUUACCAAUAGUGUUCUCAUGUUAUCUUCCUCUGAAUCUUUCUAUUGAACACAUUUUGUUUGCAAGUUUCAUUGUAGUGGAAAGCAUGCCUGUCUCAAACCACACAAUUCUUCUACAUAAUUGUUUUCUACUGACAGUAUCAAGAAAGACUCCUUAUUUAUCACUCAGAAUAUGUUCCCCUGAAAAUUACGUUCACUCUGUGAC